CCGAGCCCUCGCCCCCCGCGCCGGGCCGCUCUCCAUUCAGGCCGAGGUGCCGACUUGAGCGACGUGGAGGAGGAAGGGCUCCGGUACCGGAGCUGCCGAGGAUCCCGGUACAAAGAAAGCCCCGGGACCCACCGUCCGCUCUUGCACCGGCGGGACGCUCUGCACUUCCAGGUCGGCUGCGAACAGGACUUUAAAGGGACCGACCGGCCCAUAGAAUCCUGGACCCCGGAGCAACUCGAUGACCGCGCGGAUCGCGUCCACCUCGGUAUUUUCCCUUGGAUAUUAACUUCCAAAACUGAAGAAAUGGCAUUCCACAUAAUCAGCUUGUUGGUUAGAGCACUUAUUUGUUCUAUCUGUGUCAAAGGAUCUUCCCAGCCCCAAGCAAGAGUUUAUUUAACAUUUGAUGACCUUAGAGAAACCAAGACCUCUGAAUACUUCAGCCUGUCCCAUCAUCUGUUAGACUACAGGAUAUUAUUAAUGGAUGAAGACCAGGACCGAAUCUAUGUGGGGAGCAAAGAUCACAUUCUCUCCUUGAAUAUUAAUAAUAUCAGUCAAGAACCUUUGAGUGUUUUCUGGCCAGCCUCUGCAAUCAAGGUUGAAGAGUGCAAAAUGGCUGGGAAAGAUCCUACACAUGGCUGUGGGAAUUUCGUCCGUGUGAUUCAAGCUUUUAAUCGCACUCAUCUGUAUGUCUGUGGGAGUGGAGCCUUCAGCCCCGUCUGUACUUACCUGAACAGAGGAAGGAGGUCAGAGGACCAAGUUUUCAUGAUUGACUCUAAGUGUGAGUCUGGAAAAGGACGAUGCUCUUUUAACCCCAAUGUGAACACUGUGUCUGUUAUGAUCAAUGAAGAACUUUUCUCAGGAAUGUAUAUAGAUUUCAUGGGUACAGAUGCUGCAAUUUUUCGAAGUUUGACCAAGAAGAAUGCAGUCAGAACCGAUCAACACAACUCCAAAUGGCUAAGUGAACCUAUGUUUGUGGAUGCACAUGUCAUCCCAGAUGGCACCGACCCAAAUGAUGCUAAAGUGUACUUCUUCUUCAAAGAGAAACUGAAUGACAACAACCGAAGCACAAAACAGAUCCACUCCAUGAUUGCUAGAAUAUGUCCUAAUGACACUGGCGGCCAGCGCAGCCUUGUCAACAAGUGGACCACAUUCUUAAAAGCAAGGCUCGUGUGCUCAGUCACAGAUGAAGAUGGCCCAGAAACACACUUUGAUGAACUAGAGGAUGUGUUUCUGCUGGAAACUGAUAAUCCAAGAGCAACCUUAGUAUAUGGCAUUUUUACAACAUCAAGCUCAGUUUUCAAAGGAUCAGCAGUGUGUGUAUAUCAUUUGUCUGAUAUACAAACGGUGUUUAAUGGACCUUUUGCCCACAAAGAGGGUCCUAAUCAUCAGUUGAUUUCAUAUCAGGGUAGAAUUCCAUAUCCUCGCCCUGGAACUUGCCCAGGAGGAGCAUUUACACCCAAUUUGCGGACCACCAAGGACUUCCCAGAUGAUGUUGUGACUUUCAUUCGGAACCAUCCUCUCAUGUACAAUUCUGUCUAUCCUAUUCACAAAAGACCUCUGAUUGUCCGUAUAGGCACUGACUACAAGUACACAAAGAUAACUGUGGACCGAGUAAAUGCUGCUGAUGGGAGAUACCAUGUUCUAUUUCUUGGAACUGACCGGGGCACUGUACAGAAGGUUGUGGUUCUUCCUGCCAACAGCUCCACCAGUGGGGAGCUCAUUCUGGAGGAGCUGGAAGUCUUCAAGAAUCAUGUUCCUAUAACAACAAUGAAAAUCUCAUCCAAGAAGCAACAGUUAUAUGUAAGCUCCAAUGAAGGGGUUUCCCAAGUGUCGCUACAUCGCUGCCACAUCUAUGGCUCAGCGUGUGCUGACUGCUGCCUGGCCAGGGACCCAUACUGUGCUUGGGAUGGCCACUCUUGUUCUAGGUUCUACCCAACUGGGAAACGGAGGAGCCGAAGACAAGACGUGAGACAUGGAAACCCACUUACUCAAUGCAGAGGAUUUAAUCUAAAAGCAUAUAGAAAUGCUGCAGAAAUUGUUCAAUAUGGAGUAAAAAAUAACACCACUUUCCUCGAGUGUACUGCCAAAUCUCCACAGGCAUCUAUCAAGUGGUUGCUGCAAAAAGACAAAGACAGGAGGAAGGAGGUUAAGCUGAAUGAGCGCAUUAUAGCUACUUCCCAAGGACUACUGAUCCGCUUGGUUCAGGAUUCUGACCAAGGGCUGUACCACUGCAUUGCCACAGAGAACAGCUUCAAGCAAACCAUAGCCAAGAUCAACUUCAAAGUUUUAGAUUCAGAAAUGGUGGCCAUGGUGACAGACAAAUGGUCCCCAUGGAACUGGGCCGGCUCUGUGAGGGUCCUGCCCUUCCACCCCAAGGACAUCCUGGGGGCUUUCAGUCAUUCAGAGAUGCAGCUCAUCGACCAGUACUGCAAAGACACGCGGCAGCAGCUAGGCGAGGAGUCGCAAAAGGUGCGAGGGGACUAUGGCAAGCUGAAAGCCCUCAUCACCAGCAGGAAAAGCAGAAACAGGAGGAAUCAACUGCCAGAGUCCUAAGAAGUAAUAAGUACUAUGUCUGCAUGAUUAAGUACUGAGCAGUGUAGUGCUGAUUGCUGACUCAGGUGGUGACUCAUUUGAGAGUGAGUUUUUCACAGACUGGAGUGAGCAUCCAUCUUCUUGUAUGAUCCGACUAGCACUGGCCAUCCCAUGGUCCUCAUGGUGCAUAUAAAUAUUUAACUUAACCCAGAUUUUAUUUAUAACUUUAUGUGGCUUUCUUUCCAAAUCAGUAUGGCAAUUACAGAAGUAGAACUGUUACAUGCCUCCAGUGAAUAAAGGCCCUGCAUAAUUCUGUGAUAUUUCUUCCCUCCUCUAGGUGUUUUAAGUUUCUAGUAGUCAGUGGUUUUGGUAUAUGAAAACAAAUUUCAGGUCACAUAUGAAGUGAUAAAUGUCAUAGAAAUCCAUUGACACUGUCCAUUAGAAGCCACGUAUGUUAGAGGAAUGAGAGUGGGGACACAUACAGGGUGUAGAAGAGCAGGAGCAGUUUGUAGAGUAAGUGGUGAGUUUAUAUGCUUCCAAUGUCCUCUUUUUCAAGAUUGUGAGAUGUGUAUUGCUGACACCUGUCGUUGAUCUUUGUUCUCUUGUUUCAAGGAGGUAAAAUGAAUAACCUAGUUCAUGGAGAUCUUUGAUGGAUGAUGAUAAGUGAGGCAUUUACGUUCCUGCUGUUCUGUUAUCUUCCAAACAAAAGCACUUUCCUUUUUUGGAAGUUAUAUAAGUUAUUGUAGACUUAAAUGUAAUCUUUACACUAUUUAAUUGAUACCUGUUUGGACUUUACCUUUUUACUCUGCUUGUCAAAUAAAGCAAUAUAAAGAUAAAACAUGUUCAAAUCAUCCAACUUCUGCAUGAAGAGUGAAAUUGUCAAAAGGAAAAAAAAAAAAUCAAAAUAGAA